AUGUCACGUAUUUUCCUCUAAUAAAACUGGUAGCAGAGCACAUCACUCUCAGCGCCGAGGAAGUGAACUUCCCCUUCCUUGAAGAUGAAUGGACACUGAGAAUGGAGGUGGCGGUUCGGAUGUGUCAUAAAGACGAGGAAGAAGCUGGGGAGCGAAUCAAGUCCGUGUGUUGAAUCCGCUCAGACCGCUCCCUCCAUGGAAUAUAGGUCAAGAUCUAGAAACCAGUUUGGCCAGUCUAUUUACAGUACGAACCACAUUGGUUCCACAGAUUGCGAACACCGGUGGGAUUGGAAAAAAGUGUGAGAUCGGAGUUAACAGUUGGGAAUUGGCCACAAUGUGAGGAUAGUACAUCGGUCGAGGAAACUACAGGAUCGACCUCCUCUGUGUAGGCACGAAAGCGAUCGAGAAUGGCCAAGUCAUGGCGAUGUUUGGAUUCUUUACCGGAUCAUAUGAAGGUUGUGUUAGGUGUCUUCUCGGUGGUGACCAUGGUGUCUUUGCUAACCUUAUCAUUGUUGUGGGAGGAUCAGUUCGGCUUCAGUUCCUUGGUCUUCAAUGUAGUUGGAUACGGCAAAGACCCGUCGUUGAGCACGUACUCUCGCCCUGUUGCAAUCUUUGUCAUGGACGACGACGACGCAAAACCACCUUCAAAUCCCCCUGCUGAUUUUCCCCCUUCAGAGAACAUUUCAAAUCGCUUCAGCGAUGGUCCAUCACCAGCUGCAGCUCCCUCGCCUGCUCCUGAGGCGCAACCACCUGGAUCUGAAUUCGAUGAAAACGAGAAAUUCUUCUCUCCGCUGCUGACUGCAUCGGUGGGAGCUGGCAACCAGCUGAUGGAGUACAUGUCGGCUGCAGUGAUGGCGAGAGCUACUAAUCGAACUCUCUGCCUCCCUCCCUUCUUCUCAGGGCCUGCCAAGCACAGUGGGAUUUUAGUGCGCGCAAGGGGAGGAUUGGCAUGGGAGGAUCGAUAUAAUGUCUUGUCCCUCGCUCGCUUUACAAAAGUUGCAUCGCUGGAACAGUGCUUGCAACAGUGUAAUUAUACGCUCGAUUCUAACGUGUUUUUGAAGGAGACUCACGAACCAUUGAUUCGGGGUUUCAAGUACUACAAGUUUGCAAAUGAGUCGUUGAAUCUGCACUGGAGUCACGUAAAGUGGCAAUCAACAAACGAUAUCAACACCGCUCUCGGAAAUUUGGAGGAUAAAUGCGUCGGACUUUCUGGCUUGUUUCCUGGGUUGCGGUGGAGAGGGGCGUUUCUAUCCGUUUCUGCGUUUCUGCAGCCUUCUCCACGAAUAUUCGAAGUCGUAAACAUUCUGCAAAACCAUGCCAUUGGGAAGGGCGUUCCUUAUCUAGCAGUACAUUGGAGGUUCGAAGAAUCGAGUUGCCCAAGGCACCAAAUCGGGCUCUGCUUCUCCCGCUGCAAAGACGGGUCCAUUAUCGACACUAACUUUCACCCUUUCGCCAAGGAAUGGGUGAAGAUGUCGGAAGAUGAGUGCAACACCGCCGGACAUUUCAGAGGUGUGGGUCUCAGCAAAUUGGAUAUCAUUGCUACUAUUGAACAGCGCGCUGCUAACCACAGCAUCAAUACGGUUUACCUCGCCACAGACGGCUGGACGCGUGGACCUGAAGGUCUUGCCCUCAUCAAAGAGUCUAUUCUAUUGUUGCGGAAGGGGGGGCUCAACGUUAUCGGACUGUGGAGCAUUCCCGGCCUGCCGAACUUCGCCGACGGAACGUACUACGAUCCCUACGUCACAAUGGGAAGGAAACAUGUGAUCAAUGGCCAACAAAUAGCGCUGGUUGAACAGGAAAUCUGCGUGCGCUCAAAUGUGUUCCUUGGCAGCGGACAGUCCACCUGGAGCCUUGCGGUCUUUCGGAUGCGGCUGGCUAAACGUCAAGCCGCUGAGAUUUUGGGAAAAGUCUGGAACGCAGAGAGUAUGGAUCUGAAAGCGCGGGAUGCGCUUGUCAGUGAGACGCUUUUGCAAGACAGACAUGCUGCCGGUCUGCAAUGCCAUUACUCUCGGUGGAUGAAUGUUUCGAAUGUGAAUGACACUGUGGAAACCUAUGCGGACGAGUUUCCCGACGGAUGGCUGGACCUUGAUGCAUGCGAGGGCCGGAUAGGGAACGGUGGUCGCUGCCAAGUAGCGAAAUGUUACUAAGGCUGUAAAUUAUUCACGUUGUCUUAAACGUAGUGUAGAAUACAUCACGCAAGUCACAGCAUGACAUCACUCUCAGUGUUUUCACAAAGUGCACCACAUCAUUCUGCUCCAGCCAAUGAUGUCUGAGCUUGCGAUGAUUCAACGCACAGCACAUGACCAAUCAUUGUCACUCAUCCCAAGGCAUUUGAAGACGGAGGCUUGAUGGUCUAUCGAGCUGUUUGAUAAGCUAUAUUUGGAGAAGCUUUUUCGGCAACUCGUUGAGAAAUCUCAAGUAACUCCGAAGACAGGUUUGGAGGGUUGUAAGAUCAAGCUCUCCUAUUGAUUACUCAACACAGACACCCCAACAAGGCGAGAGAAUGAUGCAAGUAGAGGUAGAAGUCCCAGACCGUGUUUAUUCAUGUGUCCCUUCACCUUAACCAAUGCAAAACUAUGCAAUGAGUUCUUGAAGAGCGGGGCGAAGCAAACGAAGUGAUUCAGUGCUCUGACAUACUUCACUCUGUAAAGCCCCACAUUUUGCACGUAAAAAAUUGCAUCGAAUUUGACACUA